GACGAGGAAUACAUGGCUGGGCCCGACUUCGUGAACCUGAACGAGAAGCUGGAGCUGGAGGCCCUGGGCAUGGACUUGGACACGGCCCAGGACGAUGAGGCUGCGGUGAGGCGCCUGGUCACGAGGGGCCAUGGCCGGCCUCAUACCUGGUUCGGGAACGUCAUGGGCUGGACCCUGUUUUCCGUCCAGGAGAGGGACGAGGAGGACAACGAGGGCGGGGACGGAGAGGCGACUGACGUCGAGGCGGAGGAUACCUUGUCAGACACCUCUGCUUACCCCGAAUUCGAGGGCAUGAAUACUGCUCUAUCUGGGCAUGAACGGCGUUUAUCGCCUCCAAGGGCUGAUGACGGCAGCUGGCAGGACGCUGCUUGGCUUUUGAGUGUGGCCUCCAAGGUGGCAUGGUCCUGAAGACGGAAUAGCGGACCUGCAGUGUCCUUCCCCCUCUUUGCGUCUCUUUCUCUCCCUCCUUGGCUCCAGGGCAGUCAGUCCAAGGGAGGGGUGGAAAUAAGACAGGAGAUAAUAGAACAGCGUGUGCGUCUUCUUGUUACG